AUGCGGAGAGCGAUCCAGUACCUCGGCGUGUGCGAGCAGUUCCUGGCCUUGUGCAGCGUGAGGGGGCAGUUUCCACCACCGCCCACAAUGCCCACUCUGCCCUCACCCAUCUGGCUGCUGACGGUCUACGGCUACGACAUAAUGACGCGGCUGGAGUACAAGGCCAGGAUCACGUCCACCUUCGGAUCCAUCCUGAAGAUGGAUUCCACCAAGAAGGUGACGAAGAAGCUCGCCGGUAUCGCUUCCGACACGGCCGCCUGGGUUACCAACGUUGGUAACGAGUACGGGCAGGUCCUCAUCAGCGUCCUCACCUGCUCCGAGGGCGCAGAGGGCCUGUCCAGUAUGGCGGCCGGACUGAUGAGGCGGUACCGACUCGCCGGGGUACCACCCCCCCAGCUGAUCUACGUGGAUCGGGACUGCUGCAACAGAGACGGCGUGUCAAAGACAGCUGCCUUGUUUCAGGGGUGGGGACAGCUUGUGGUGAGACUGGACAUCUGGCACCUGAUGCGACGUUUCGCAGCAGGUGUCACCACAGAGAGCCACGAGCUGUACCCCGCCUUCAUGAGGCAGCUGUCUCUGUGCAUCUUCGAGGUGGACUCCGGAGAUGCCCGCCGUCUCACUGAAGCCAAGCGGUCCCAGCUGGAGGGGAAGCACGGGAUGGUCGGCCUGACCGACGCCGAGGUGAUCCAGAAGAUCACCAGGGAGGAGUGGAGGCUCCACUGCCGUCGUCGGACGCGUGGGGCGGAAGAGACGGCGCUCCUGAUCCAGGACCUCCUCUAAACCUUCGGCGGUACGGCAGGACGCGACAACCUGGACAUCCCGUUGCUCGACCCUCUCCGCAUC